ACGUAGUAUUUCUUGUGCGGGAGUCGCGGACACGGGAGUGCGAGCUCGGCUGAACUCGUAUGGGUACGGAAAGUCAGAGCAGGGGAUUUGUGGAUCACUUGCCCAACUAGUGAGCAAUAUCUUGUCUGAGAUAACGAUAAUAUAGAAAUGUCAGGGAAUAACGAAGAAACACAGACGGCCGAGGAGACAUCAGUGGGCGAGAAGGAGAUUCAGGACAAGGUGAUCAGUCCUGAGAAGGCAGAGGAGGCUAAACUGAAGGCCAGAUACCCAAAUUUAGGACAUAAACCCGGGGGCUCUGAUCUGCUUCGCAAACGCCUCCAGAAGGGGCAAAAGUACUUUGACUCUGGCGACUACAACAUGGCUAAAGCGAAGAUAAAGAACAAGCAGUUGCCGACAGCUGCACCAGAGAAGGCCGAGAUCACAGGGGACCACAUCCCCACCCCCCAGGACCUGCCCCAGAGGAAACCUUCUCUGGUGGCCAGUAAACUGGCAGGCUGAUGCACACACAGCCUCGAGAGCCCCUGCAGCACCUCCCAGCCCUAACACUCACCACUCAAGUCUCAGAGCUGUAACAUUACCUCUCCCGCCCCUGCCCCUGCCCCUUCCUCACCAGUCUGGACCCAACCCAACAGGAACCCACACCUAGCACCCAGCGAGCUGGCUGGCUGAUACCUUCAGUCCUGUUUGUUUUUGCUUCCACCCCAUCUGGUCCUGUCUCUACUACCUCCUAUCCUUGUUUUUAUCCCUCGCCACUCCCCCAAACUGACUGCCCUUCUGUCAUUGUCCUCUUACUUUUCCAUGUUCCUUUUUAUUUUCUCUUUUCUCUCAUGUAAGAUAUGCUGAAAGACAGGACAUCCAGGUGUGAGUGUGAUGAGUGGACUGUGACGCCUCUGUACGACUGAUGGACGACUGAUACCGCUGUGUAUACUGGCUGAAGAGAGGGGCAAGCAGCACAAGCUGUGUCUUGUAUGGUUUGAGGGCUUUAGUAUGGAUCAGGAUCCCUCAGUGUGUGUGUGUGUGUGUGUGUGUGUGUGUGUGUGUAUGUAUAUAUAUAUAUAUAUAUAUAUAUAUAUAUAUAUAUAUAUAUAUAUAUAUACAUACAUACAUACAUAAUUUCCUUUUGUUUGGCACAGGGGCAGAUGUUAGCCUUUUAGAAUGUUUUACAUCAGAUUUGUAUCAUUCACUGUAUAUCCUUAUUCUGAAUUAUGCUGUCAAUAUGCUUGAGUGAUUGACUUAAUAUAGUAAUCCAGAGGCCAAGCUCAGUUUUGUUAACACUUUGAUUGUGAACCGUGGAGGGGAAGGCCAUACUAAAGAACCACACAGUCAAACCUCACAGACAUUUACCCACAUGCUGAAAAGCUCAGGUGCAGCAUACAUGCCCUGGGUGGCAUGUAGAUGGUGCAUUCAAGACAUCUUGAAACUAGGAAAUGUUCUACUUUCAAGAGUGUAGGGGCGGGGUGUAUUGUUGCUUCAGUUUGAACUGUAAUGUUGAAAGUUUGCACUGUAUUUGUGGUGUGCCAUGCAUUUCAGCCUCAGAUGACGGCACCUUCCUCUUCUCAGGCCAAAGUUUCUGGUUCCAAGUUGUCGUGAAUGACUCAUCAUGCUCAAAGAGGAUUAGAGGGGACUAUAUAGUACCUGAAAGCUAUAUUCCUGUCAGUAGUUACCAGUCUUUGUUUCCUGUAUGCUGUGUGAGUAGACUAAAUUUAUGGUUAAAAAGUUAAAAGUACUGGGAGCUCUGCAUUGGGAACAAAUUGUGUUAUGAAUUGUGUUCAGACUUGGGAAAAGGCUUCUAAACUCAUAAUUUGAAGUAGUUUUAUCUUAAAAAUGUUCUUGGCCCUGAACAGUGCCAGGGAUCUUACUGACUGGAUGAAGUUUACCUGCGAUGUGGUAAAUCCAAACUAGAACUACAUCCAUCUGAGCUGUGCAUGUAAAUGGCUGCCCUGCUGUCACUUUGUGCCAUUUUGUUUUGUAAAUAAAAUAGUUUUGCACAAAUGUUUAA